AUCAUCGUGGAAGACUCGGAAGAAUAAACGUGACCCCGCGACCUCCCAUUUCCUCCGUCCUCAUCUUUCCUUUGAUUUCUUGCUGUGACGACGACGACGCUUGGUACAGGAUACAGGUAGCGUCUGUCGCGCUUGUUCUGUCAAUGCAGCUCUAGAAUCGGCCCCCGUGCUAAUUUGUUCCAAAAAACAGCAAAAAUGCGUUCGGCAGCGGUGAAGGAAACUCUUCGUUACCGAACAAUCCGCGGUUCCUUGAUGACUUGAUAUGACUUCGGAAGAAUGCUUGUUUCCUUGCAAUCAUCAACAUCGCGCUAGGAAGUUGCAAUGCCACCUUUACCAUCCCAUUCGACCCUGGAACGACAAGAACGCGUAGCAUUCAAGAGUACCGAGCAUCUGGCGCGUCCCCCACUCCCUAAAAAGCUUGGACGCCCCAAGAACAGCGUCGCAGUAAAGGAUACUAUUCCAAACAGCAGCAAAAAUAUUCUCGCGACCGGCUUGCAGCGGAUCCCUAUGAAAGGGUCGCUCCCUUACUUUAACGACCAUGGUUGCGUUGCGGUCGAUGACCAAGGUGGCAAGAUAUACAUGUUCGGCGGUAAACGCCCUGGCACUGAUGAUCUUUGCUGCGACUUCAAUGUUUGCGAUGUAAGGACCAUGAAUUGGCAGGACUGGACUAAUUCUCUGAGUCGUGAAUUUGCACCUUCUGGUCCUCUUCCUCCUCUUCAAAAUGCUUCGGCAACGUUUCUGAACAUCCACGGCUGGAGAUAUGUUUUCUUGUUUGGGGGUUAUGAUGGCACAGAAAUCAACUCUCAGCUUGUCGCCAUCAAUGUCAGUACGAAGGUUUGGUCAAUUGUUCCUGUUGAGGGUAUAGUAGCCCCUCGCAUGGAUGCAGCCAUGGUCGGCAUAGAGAACAGAUUGUAUAUCUUUGGCGGACGGCAGAGUUUUGAGUAUGGUAGCCCUAACUUUCGUUCGUUCUCCGUAGCAGAAUGCAUCGAUUCUCGUUGGAAGUGGAUAUACAAGGACAUGCCAUAUCCUCCACACAUCUCCGAUCUCGGCUUUGGCGGGAGAGCCCUCGCAGUGUACGGCGGGAAGCAGAUCCUAUUAACCCCAGGUAGGAAGCUCUCGGACGAUUGCAUUGACAUGAACUCGGGAAAUAUGGUCCUCUUUCACUGCAAGCACGGUACCUUUCAGUCUGCAUCCCAAACGGAAGGCGUCUUUCCCGUGGGUCUCCAUUGGUACUUUGCCUAUACGAUCGAAGCUUCUCAACCAGUUUUGAACCCCGCCCCUCCUUCCCGCGGCCGGAAGCCUAUUGAAUUCGUACCUGGCCCUCCUCCUGCUGAUCCGUAUGCUAUCAUCUGCGGCUGGAUUUCAUCCCCGUAUUCAUCUAACAACCAUCUCGUUCCUGAGCUAUACCGCUACCAGCUUCCGCCCGUGCAAGAGGUUGAAUGUCUUGAUGUGAAACAGAAACUAUGGGAGUUGGAGUUGGACCUACAGUCCUUUAUCGCGGUUGGGCGAAGGCUGUACAUAUUCGGCCAUGACAACGACGAAACGGAUGCGGACACGAGAUAUACAGUUUGCAUAGAGCUUGAUACGCAGCAAAUGAAAAAUGGGUGAACCCAAUGUGACGAUAUAAUAUACCAAGAUGUGGAUGUACAAACCUGUUCAGAGGAUCUUCUGAGCAUGGCAAGAAUGUUGUAUCUGUAAUUAUCUGUUUUCCGCCCCACUCGAUGCUUUGUAAUUGCUCUGAAAUAUACUUCCUGUCCUACUCAAUACCAUGGUUACACUUCUGCAAAAC